AUGACGAACACUACGAAGUCAAGCGCAAGUGAGAAUGUUUCAUAUGCACAAAAACUCAUGCCAUCGACGAGCGAUACACAAAAAGCUCAAAACCAACAUCAGUCUAAUAAUAUCCCAACAAAAAAAAGCCCAGGUACCCAAAGACAAAUUAUUAACAUCGAACAAGUGAACUCAGCUGUGGAAAGUGCAAUGAACUCUGAGAAAAUAAACAAUGAAUAUCAAAUUGAACCCAAUAAACCCAUCAUUGGGGCGAGUAGAAACAGAUCGUUUUUCGAGACCCUUCCAACAUUGGGGUACAUUCACAUUAGCCGAAUUCACCCUGAUAUGACAGCAGUCGAUCUCAGCAAAUUUCUAAAAGAAACAGCACCUCAAAUCCGAGCAAAGAAGUCUGGGUGUACAUCACUUCUUAAGGCAUUGUCCGCUAUUCACGUAAAAAUGUCCAAAUCUAAUGAAGAUAUUUAUAGAUUAUUGGAAACAUUAACAACACAAAACUCUGAAAUAGUUAAUCAAAAUACUGAAAUUAAAGAAGAAGUACAGAAAAUAAACUGCAACAUUCAUGAAAUAAAAGGAGAAAUAGAAAGAUUGCAUGUCAAGAACAAUUUACUGGAAGAAGAUAACAAGAAUCUGAGAAAUAGAUUGGACAUACUAGAAAAAAAAGCAAAGAAAUUCAAUUUGGUUAUUUACGGCAUACCAGAAGAAGAAGAUAACUUGAUUGCAGUAGAAAAACUGGUUACAGAAAAGCUUUCCCUGGAUUGUAACAAAGGAGAUAUAAGAGAUUCAUACAGAAUUGGCAAAGUAAUUUCGAGUAAACCUAGACCAUUAGUGACGGAGUUUGUCAGAUAUUCUUUGAAAACAGAAAUUCUAGCAAAAGCUAGAAUUUUGGAGAAAGGGAGUGGUAUUUUCAUUUCCAACGAUUAUUCACCAGCAGAAUAUAAUAAGAGAAAAGUGCUUCAUCAACAUCUUAAAGCUGCAAGAGAAAAACACAAUUCUGCUUAUAUCAAAAAUAAUAUUCUUUUCGUGAAUGGUGAAAGUUUUUCAUUUGAGGAUCUAGAAAACUCAAACCCUCACAAACCCACCGGCCCAAAUAAAAAUCUGGAAGCAUCCCAAAGGAUAGAAAAAGUCAACCCCACGGCAGUUCAGAAUACAAAGACUGGAACCAAACCAAAAGUUUCAGUCAAUCAGUCAAAUAAAUCACUAAUCAAGACUCGAUCAAACUCCAUCUCUACAAAAUAGUUGAUCAUUGCAUUUUUCAUACUGAUAUACGUAUUGCACAUUUGAUUACUGUUGUUUUAAAUAUUGUUAUUAUAAAUAUAAUAAUAAUUAUUAUUAUUAUUA